AUGGAUGCUGUUAUCGAAGUUGGAACAAAAGACCACCAUAGAAACUAGACUUUUUCAUAUCCAUCAGUAAUAUGAUUCACACAAAUUGUUUUCAGGUCAAUACAAAAGAUGACCGUUUGACAUGACUUGACACCUUCGUCGCCAUUGUCUUUCAACCAAUGAAUCUGGUACAUAAAAGCGCUAUGGCUGCUACGGUUAGCCACAAUUACUCUUUCGUCGCAGUCGCGUUCACAACGUCAUGAUAUAUGGCCAAAGUAUCGAUGUGAAAACUUUAAAAACAAGUGCGGCAUGAUAAAAAAAUAAAAAUAUGCUGUUAAAAAUACCGAUUCUUCCAAGCAAAAUGCUCGCUUUAGUGGUAUUAACGUUGUAUCUAAGCGGUAUCGUGGCUAAUCGGCUGGAUAACUUGCUGCUUAAACCGGUGAUGGAUUUAGUUGGCGCUGAAGUAUCGCCUGCCGUUUCGAAGGCGUCGCUCGGCAAGUUGCAAGAUCGAGAUGAGGAUCCAGUGUUUUUCGAGCUGCGUAGCAAAGAUGGUAAUAGUGGUGUGCUACGGCGCAGUGCAGGCGACAGAAAAGAUCUACUUCAACAUCUUUUUGCGGCCUAUGGCUGCUUGACUUCCAUCGAAGGUUGGACGAAAUUGAAGGGAAAAUUGGAUUUUGAAAUGUUGCCCAACAAAUGUUUUGAUUGCAAGAGAUACGAGCCCAGCAUGGAUGAUAUCUUUAAUGGAUUAACAACAGUGAAUCUCGGUCAAACCCAUGUCUCAUCGGCGGACGAACAAAAAAUUCAGCCCGCUUUUGUCAAGACUAAGGAGUCUUCGAGUGACAAUAAGUUUAUUAACUUUCCGCCAAUGUCAAACUACGCCGAUUUUUACAAAGAUUUGCUAACCGAUAUCAGUAGGAAAGAACCAAAACGGGCUGGCACAGCACCGGUCAUUGGCUGCGAUUGUAAAGUUAAGGUAAUUUGCUUAAAUAGCAGGAUGAUUUUAUCACCUUACAAUUUGCCUUGCAAUCCUUUUGUUACUUCUCUAUUUGAAAAUAUGUCAUAA